AAGAAAGACAUUUGGCAAAGCUAUUCUGGACCCAGUACUCAAGUAGGAGAUCUUCGGAAUCAACCGCAUACCCGGAGUCAGAACAAGACAGCCACGGGGCUUACUGGACCCUGGGUAGAACUACAAUAUCAUCGUGUACAAGUAAUUCCAGGUGUUUAAAACGUGAGAUCGAAGAAUUCGCAGAUGAAGAUUGUCUUGGAACAGAUGUAGAAGAUGGUCAGGCAGGACCAUCACAAGCUAACAAACCUCGCUACUGUCAGACAUGGAAUGGACUGUCGGUCCUGGUUGCAAACGAGGCAAAAAGAUUCUUGCACAUCCAGCAAGAUAUGCAGGGCCGAAACACGGAGGUCAGUGAACAAAGGGCUGGCAGAGACAUUUGUAAAAGUGUUCCAUCAAAGCUUAAAGGUACAUUUACGAUUUUGCAGGCAGGACGACUUGUAUAAAGACAUUUGAAAAUUAGCCGAAAAGCCAAAAAGCGCAGAGCAAUAAAAGAAGUGUUCUGCGAUGAUCCGCCCACAGACCAAAGCUUGCUUCUCAGCAGUCUUCAAAAGAACAUGUGGAUGCAGUGAGGAACCAGCAAACUCACCACCUGAACUAUCUCAUGAAAGUCAAGCUGAAAAUCUGGCUGCCACUGAGCAGCUAACAUUUCCAUGGAAUGAACUGUCCUGCGAGAGUCAGACCCCAGCAGCAGCGCACCUCUCCUCGAAUGAAGAAUGUGGUGAAGGAGAAGCGAUGGGUACCAUCGAUGAUGCAGAGGAGAUCACCAUUUUGAUGGAACUGUGUGACCUCCUGGCUAACAGCUUUUCAUCACAGGCAGACCCCAAUGACCAAAGGGUCGAGGAGUGGACAACAGACACACACCAUCCACAAACACUGACAGUCGCCAGUUGCCUGGAGGCAGAGGCAAGUCUGCAAGGGACGCUGGAAAAACUUGAGCAGAUGAAAGAAGAGCGACUGGCCUCCUCGCCACAAUACAACUCGCUGGUCCAGAACCACUUGGCCAACGCCUUUUACAACUGUCCGAGACUCCUGCCUCCAGAUCAUCUUGGGUUUGAAGGCAAGUUGUGUGUGUGAUUCGAUCCUGGAAACGAUGCAGCAUCUACGACUGACCCCUGAUGAACCCAUCCACGUAAACUUCACGUACAUGCGGACGUGUGCGCGACAGCGCUUGAGGUCUGGUCUGAUGGACGUUGUAAACAAAGUCAAGGAUAUAACAGAACAGCUGAAAUCGUUGCCUGGGAGACUUCCAGAUUCAUUUGAUGAAGAGCUGAGUAACUUGCAAACAACAAUUUCGACGAUAGACAUAAAUAUGUCUACAAACGUGGCCUAGUUUUAAAUCGUUUGCCAGAAAAUUUAUUUAUAUUAAAAAAAAAAAAAAACAGUUUGCAGACUAGAGCAAAAAAUCAAAAUAAAUGUUUCAUUGAUUUUUAAGAUUGUGUGUAAAUCAUUGUUUGCACGAACCUCAAAUGUCGAGUUAAAAUAUAUAUGUGCAAUGCGAAAAAGGUUUGAAUAAAUAUUUAAUUUAGUUUCAUCAGACCUGCAUGAACAUUGAACCUAACAUUUCAAAACAAUUCAAAGUGUUUCUCGAUAUACAUAAAUAAUACUCAAUAAAAGGAAGAAAAUAUGUCUGGCUUGGUUAUGUGGUGAUUUUGGCACAACCACUACGGCAGCAUCACUCAGAAACAAAGUCCGACGACCGGGAGAUGCACCAAGCUGGCUGAACUCUCUGCUGUGACCUUUCCCCUGUAGACUGUGAAAUAAAUAUUUUUUGUUAUUGUGCAAUAAAUAGUGCUAGUGACAGCGUCAAUGGAAAGGACUGUUUGUUAACAUAGGUCACGUGAGCUCACUACAAAAGUUUACCUGCAGAAAGAUGGGCUACUUCAAUAAUUGUUAACUGUAAAGGCGAGGAUUUGAUCGUAAACGGCUUGGACUUAAGAAAAACGUUGACACCAAUGAAGCUCUUGUGAUAUCGAGUACUCUUUAUGUGGCUAUAUAUCGUGCUUGCUGGUCAGGUGAAGAGUAUACGUUGUCCUCUGCACACAAGAGUUACACUCGGUGGGUAGAUAAGGGAGCGAACUGUGGAAUGUACCACCCGGCGUGCGAUACCACCCCAGUCCUUGAGCUCGUACGCACCCUGAUUAAAAGACAACUGCAAUAAGUUUGUAGCUUUGACGGAUUUGGUAACCAACAACAGACAGCAACACAAUGAUAGUAGACUUUAUUAGCUGUUAUCGCUCCU